AUGCAUACCAUCAAUCCACCUGCCGCAGCUGCUGACGUUUUUAUAAACGCUCAAGUAGCUGGAAAAGUGGUACGCUUCAUGAUUGAUUCAGGUGCGCAGGUGAAUACAAUCACAAAAACAUCGUUCGAUGAAAUUAUGGCCGAUAACAAAUCGUCAAGCAAAAUUGUAGCGCUGAGUCCAUUUUCUGAUAAACCCUUAAAAGCUUACGCAUCUAGUGGAAACAUCAAUGUGGUAGCAACAUUUUCAGCAGAGUUGUUCAUUUCCGAAGAUCGUCCAGUCAUGAUCGAGAAAUUUUAUGUCGUAAAAGAAGUGCGAGCAUUGCUGGGAUUUAACACGGCCAUUCGAUAUAGCGUCCUUGAUGUCGGACUAAACGUGCCGGUGCGAUAUACACUUCCUAAUCUUAACGCUGUCGUAUACGAAUCAACAUCUGCUGUGCUAGCUAGAAACGAAUUCCCCAAGUUCAACAUCCCCCCGGUGACAUUGAAGUAUGAUUCUGAACUUCCACCUUCACGUAGUGUUUAUACCCACAUUCCUCCGGCAUUCAAAGAAUUGACCAAACGUAAACUUGGAGAACUGUUGAGUUCUGGUAUUAUAGAAGAAGUGACACCUGAAAUGGACCGUUCGUUUUGCUCGUCUUUAUUGGUAGUACCAAAAGGUAGGAAUGACAUCCGCCUUGUCAUCGACUUGAGAGGUCCUAAUCGUUGUAUACACAGGACUCCGUUCAAAAUGCCUACAUUCGAGUCCAUAGUUAUGGAGCUACAUGGCGCUAAGUGGUUCUCAACAAUAGAUCUCAAGAAUGCUUUUUUUCAUAUUGAGCUUGCCGAAAACUCCCGUCACCUAACAAACUUUUUCGCAGGAGACGGUUUAUACCGCUACAAAAGACUUCCCUUCGGUCUCAGUAAUGCUUCUGAUAUAUUCCAGGAGUCAUUACAGACGAUUGUCCUGGCUGGUUGCGAAGGUGUGAUUAACUAUCUAGACGAUAUUUUAAUCUUUGCUAAAACAAAGGCAGAACACGAUGAAAAUUUAGCAAAAGUUAAGAGGUGUCUGGAGAAUCACAAUGUCCGAAUCAACGAAGACAAAUGUGAAAUCGGAAAGCAGUCCGUUAAGUUCCUGGGCUUUGUCGUUUCAUCAACUGGUUGGAAAAUAGAAGAUGAAAAAAUCGUAGCUCUAAAAAAUUUUAGAAGUCCCGAAAACCUCGCGGAAGUAAAGAGCUUUUUGGGUCUUGUAAAUUUUGUUGAAAAGUUCAUCCCUCAUCGAGCGCAGAGAACCUGGCGACUGAGACAUCUUGCCAAAUCUGAACGGUUUUACUGGGACAGUUCUCUAGAAGAAGAGUUCGAGUUCCUAAAAAAUGACGCCUUGAAAUCAAUAACGACACUUGGAUAUUAUAACCGAUACGACGAGACCGAACUUUACGUAGACGCUUCUCCCCAUGGCUUGGGAGCCGUAUUAGUUCAAUUUGACAAAGGAAUGAAUCCACGAAUUAUCGCAUGCGCCUCAAAAACCUUGACCACUUGUGAGCAAAAGUAUCCUCAAACGCAGCGCGAAGCUUUGGCGAUGGUAUGGGGGGUUCAAAAAUUCUCUAUAUAUUUGAUGUGCGUGCCUUUUACAAUUCGUACGGACUCCGAAGCAAACGAGUUCAUCUUCGGAAGUUCGCAUAGAAUAGGCAGACGAGCUGUUACCAGGGCGGAAACAUGGGCACUCAAGUUGAUGCCGUAUCGCUUUACUGUAAAACGGAUACCAGGGAACUUGAAUCUGGCCGAUGCGUUAUCAAGGUUGAUGAAUCGAAACACUCCUGCAGAAUCCUUUGAUAACGAUGUUGACGAAAAUCACCUUCUAUUUUUGCUCGAUUCAGGAUCUUUAGAAAUUUCAUGGAAUGAAAUAGAAACAGCAUCCGAAGACGACACAGAUAUAAUACACGUAAGAUCUGCCAUAAGAACUGGUCACUGGGAGAGUGGACUUCAAAGGUAUCAAUCAGAGGCCAAAUAUCUGCGUACCUUGGGAUGCUUGUUAUUCAAAAGCGAUAGAGUUGUUCUUCCAAAGUCUUUGCGUCAAAAAGCGAUUCAAUCAGCUCAUCAAGGUCAUAUGGGCACAUCAUCCACCAAGCGCAUCAUGCGCGAAUACUUCUGGUGGCCCGGUAUGAGCGCAGAUGUGGAGUCUUAUGUAAAGUCAUGCGAAACAUGUCUUUUACUAUCAAAAAAGAACCCUCCCAUUCCACUGACAAAUAGAGAACUACCUCGAGGUCCAUGGGAGAUUCUCCAAAUAGACUUUUUCACUGAUAAAGAGUUUGGCUAUGGAGAGUUCUUGGUUAUUGUAGACUUAUAUUCUAGAUAUAUACACGUGAUUGAGAUGAAACAUAUGACCGCAGAAUCUACAAUCGAAGCUUUGAACAAGGUUUUUGCAACUUGGGGUUAUCCUCUGGUGAUCCAGAGCGAUAACGGCCCACCUUUCCAAAGCGAAAGGUUCAUAAAAACGUGGGAAAAUAAAGGAAUAUCGGUACAAAAAUCAAUACCAUUGAGCCCACAAUCAAACGGAGCUAUUGAACGUCAAAAUCAAGGAGUCAAAAGAGCAUUGGCGGCUUCAAAAUUAGACAACGUCAACUGGCGACAGGCACUCGAUCAAUAUGUAAACGUCCAUAACAAGGUACGACCUCUCUCUCGACUAGGAGUGACUCCGUUUGAAUUAUUAGUCGGUUGGAAGUACCGUGGUUCUUUCCCUUGUCUUUGGGAAUCAAAAUCACCGUAUGAUUUGGAUAAAGAAGAUAUAAGAGAAAAGGAUGCCUUUUCGAAGCAGGAAAGCAAGAAGUACACGGAUGCGAGAAGAGGAGCGAAACAGUCGGACUUGACAGUAGGUGACAAAGUCGUACUUACGCAAUUUAAAAGAUUAAAAUCCUGA